AUGAUACAGCUAAUAUAUGGCAAUAAGUUCGAUGAAGGAUUUUGUUUAGAAACAUGUUAAUAAUAAAAUGCGAACUUUGAUUGCAGGGAUCAAAUUCCGUACACAUUCAUAAUUCCCUUUAAUUAUCCUUUUGAAACCAUUCCUUAAGUUUUUAUUAUCUUAGAUCUCAUCAGUGUUGAUGUGAAAACUGACUUUAGAAUAUAAAUCUAAGAUGUUACUAUUUCAAGUAAAUUACAAGAUUGAAUAUAUAAAAGAUUUUAGCUUAUUGGUAGUUUGUUUAACUGGUUGGGCAAGUUGUGUUAGAAUAAAAUGGUAUGCAAUAGAUGAUUAAAGAUUUUAAAUAAUCAAUGCUUUUAACACAAUAAAUUUAACUGAAAUGACCUAUCAACAUAAGAAUAAAAACGUGAACACAGAAAUUGGUCUCAUCACUUUAAUAAGCCAUAAUUUUGAUGAAAUCAAUUUUAAACUCUAAGUAUUUCUUUAUUGUAAAUGUGAGAUCAUUGAGAUUACAAGUGAAAAUGUUACUGUUUCUUUGACAAAAGUGCCGGAAGAUUUUCUACAGUAGGUUUAAGUGGGAUUUCAAAUUAUUUUAGGACCAAAAGAAGUUUUUUAAAAUUUUCUUUUUCUCGAUUCUACAAACGACUAUUCAAAACUGAUUGAAGAGAAAUAAAAUGCAUGGUUUAUAUCACCAUUUACUGGAAUGGGAUAUCCUUAUACGGAUGCUGUCAGAUUGGAUAAAUAAUAUUAGUUUUAAGGGAAUUCAUUAUAUUAGUAUAGUUUGGCCACUUGUAAAAUAUUGUCCAAAAUUUAGGGUGGAGCGCUUUUACUCCUUGUUCUCAUUCUCAUGGAUUUCUCUCUCAAGUUUUAACUACAAAGUUCUACUCCUUAAAUUUGUACUAAUUUGAAGUCAAGCAAAAAUCAUAACUUGGAUCUACUACCUCAAUUUCAGUUCAUUUCUUAGAGAAUAAUUAAAUAUUAAAUACUACAGGUGAAUUUUAUGUUACUUUAGAGAAAGAUCUCACAGAUAUUAGAAUUGAUAUUAAUGUUGUCUGUCCUUUAGGAAAGUGGAUUGAAAGUAAUUUUGAGAAAUGUUUAGAUUGUCCCAUUCAAAAGCUUUAUAAAUAAAACUAUAAAUGCAGUAACACUCUCAAAGAAUUAGUUUUCAAAAUUUAAUAUUCGAAAUAAGCUCAAGCCUAUUCUGAAUUAUUAAUCAACAUAUCAGAAAAUUUAUGUGACAUGAAAUAGAUACUCUACAAUCAAAAACUUGAAGAGAUUAUAAUGUUUUCUAUAAAUUUAACAGAUAUCUGA